AUGUCUUCCUCAGUGAUCAGAGUCGCUCUUGUCCAACUUUAUUCUGAGCCGCUCUCCCCUGCGUCCAACUUUACCAAAGCCGAGUCAUUCAUCCGCGACGCUGCAUCCCAGGGCGCUCACAUCGCCGUCCUCCCAGAAUAUCAUCUCACAUCCUGGGCGCCGCAAGACCCCCGCUUUCUCGCUUGCUGCGAGCAGUCCCCCCUCUAUCUCGAGAGGUACCAGGCUCUCGCCAGGGAACUGGCCAUUGCCAUCGUCCCGGGUACCCUCGUUGAGCACCGGGCCGAGACGGGCGACCUCGUCAACAUUGCGUACUUCAUCUCUAGCGGCGGCGAGGUUCUCUCGCGCUAUCAGAAGAAGAACCUCUGGCACAAUGAGCGGCCCCACCUCGUCGCGGACCCUUCGGAGCACAAGGCUUUCGACACGGCGCUCGGCGGCGGGUGCCGAGUAGGCAUGCUGGUGUGCUGGGACCUGGCGUUUCCCGAGGCGAUGAGGGAGCUGGUGCGAGAUGGAGCGCGUGUCGUGAUCAUCCCGGCAUUUUGGCUGAUGGACCAGUAUCGCGACCGGACGGGAAGGGUCAUCAAUCUGGAGAGCGAGAGGGUGUUCCUUGACAGCGUGGUUGUUGCAAGGGCAUGUGAGAGCUCUGCUGCAGUCAUUUUUGUCAACGCUGGAGGUCCGAAGCCGAGCGCAAAGGGAGAGGAUCAAUCUGUGAGCUUUUGCGGGGUGAGUCAGGUCGGGAUGCCACUGCUGGGAUCUCAAGGGAGGCAGGGGGCGGAGGAGGGUAUGAGUGUCGUGGACGUGGACCUUGACAUACUCGAUGCUGCCGAGGGCGGCUAUAAAGUAAGGGCAGACUUGGGACGAGAAGGAUGGCAUUACGGGUACUCUCUGGUCAAAGAAGGCGAGAUUGGUUGA